GGUUUUCAUUUCCUCUCUCUCUGAAUUCCCAAAACCCAGGAGCAAAAAUCAAAGAAACUCGAGAGAGAGAGAGAGAGAGAUGGGGGCACUGACGGCAGCAAUCAUAGCAAUAGCGGGACUGGCACUGAGUUGGGUAGCCAUAGAAAUGGCCUGUAAACCAUGUCUCGAAAAGGGUCGUGAAGCUAUAGAUCGCAACCUCAACCCAGAUUACGACCCCGACGAUGACACUAUUCGUGCCCCUCUCAAUCCAAACCCACCUACUUCUGCUUCUGCUGAUGAUAAUGACUCUGAUGCCACUUCUAGUGUCGUCAAAGCCGUCUGAUCAUCAUCCCUGAUCCUUAAUUCAACCAUCUCAUUGGCUGUGCAUUUUGGUACUCUCCCUUUCCACAAACCCUUUUCAAUUUUUGUCUUAAAUGUUUGUUUUUGUGUGUUUUUGUUUUUGUUUUUGUUUUGUUUUUUGGAGAAUGAGGAGAGGAAAUGGACGAGAAAAGAGGGUUCUUGUGGUUACUCUUUGUUGUAUGUGUUUUGUGGUGUUUCUGUGUAAAUUGAGAGAUUGUUUGUGUUGAUGAUAAUCUGACUUAUAUGAGUUUAAUAACUACCUUAUUGAUCUAAACAAUCGUGUUGAAACCUUUUAGAAUCUUUGGCUGUGCAAGUUAU